GCUCCGAAGUGGUAAGAGAGUCUGCGUAGUUGCUGCAACGCCUCUUUUCUGCAAUCAAAACAAAGAUAAGAAGGAUAGAAACCAUAGUUUUGGUUAAAGGUGGAGAAAAUGGAAGCAUUUGGAGGAUUCUUCAUGGAUGAGAAGGCAGUUCGAGUAGAGAACAUUUUCCUCGAGUUCCUAAAGAGUUUUAGGUUAGAUCCAAACAUGCCUGAAUCGUACUACGAGGCGGAGAUAGAAGCAAUGAGAGCCAAUGAAUCAUCGACCAUGUUCAUCGAUUUUUCUCACGCAAUGCUCUUCAAUGAUAUUCUCCAGAAGGCCAUCGCCGAUGAGUACCUAAGGUUUGAGCCGUAUUUGAAAAACGCCUGCAAAAGAUUCGUCAUGGAACUGAAACCCACCUUUAUCGCGGAUGAUAACCCCAACAAGGAUAUUAACGUCGCCUUCUACAACAUCCCUUUCUCCAAGCGGUUGAGGGAAUUAACUACAGCAGAAAUUGGGAAACUAGUAUCAGUUACAGGGGUCGUCACACGCACAAGUGAGGUCCGACCAGAACUUCUCCAAGGAACUUUCAAGUGUUUAGAAUGUGGCAGUGUUAUAAAGAAUGUUGAACAGCAAUUCAAAUACACAGAGCCUACAAUAUGUGUGAGUGCCACAUGUUUUAACAGAACAAGAUGGGCAUUACUUCGACAAGAGAGUAAAUUUGCAGACUGGCAAAGGGUGAGAAUGCAGGAGACUUCUAAAGAGAUACCAGCAGGCUCCUUACCAAGGUCACUAGAUGUUAUACUCCGUCAUGAGAUUGUUGAACAGGCCAGAGCUGGAGAUACGGUCAUUUUCACUGGUACUGUUGUCGUGAUACCAGACAUAUUGGCACUGGCCUCCCCAGGGGAGAGAGCAGAAUGUCGUCGAGAAGCUCCUCAGUGGAAGAAUUCAGCUGUUGGACAAGAGGGUGUACGAGGCCUUCGAGCAUUAGGAGUGAGGGAUCUUUCAUAUCGCCUAGCCUUUAUAGCCAACUCAGUGCAGGUUUCUGAUGGUAGGAGGGAUACUGACAUAAGGAAUAGAAAGAAGGAUGCUGAAGAAGAUGAUCAGCAGUUCACGGCAGAAGAACUAGAUGAAAUUCAGCAAAUGAGGAACACACCUGAUUUCUUUAAUAAGGUUGUUGAUAGCAUUUGUCCAACUGUUUUUGGUCACCAAGACAUCAAGCGUGCAAUCCUGCUUAUGCUCUUGGGUGGUGUCCAUAAGUUUACUCAUGAAGGCAUCAACCUGAGAGGGGACAUUAAUGUUUGUAUAGUUGGAGAUCCCAGCUGUGCGAAGUCUCAAUUCCUCAAGUAUACAUCUGGUAUAGUUCCCAGAUCUGUCUACACUUCUGGUAAAUCCUCCUCUGCUGCAGGGUUAACUGCAACUGUGUCCAAAGAACCAGAAACUGGAGAGUUCUGUAUCGAGGCUGGUGCUUUAAUGCUUGCCGAUAAUGGUAUCUGUUGUAUUGAUGAAUUUGACAAGAUGGACGUCAAAGAUCAGGUUGCAAUUCAUGAAGCCAUGGAGCAACAGACGAUAAGCAUCACAAAAGCAGGAAUACAAGCAACUCUGAAUGCUCGAACAUCAAUUCUGGCAGCAGCAAACCCAACUGGGGGACGCUAUGACAAGUCUAAGCCCCUCAAGUAUAAUGUUGCCCUGCCUCCUGCCAUUCUUUCGAGGUUUGAUCUAGUAUAUGUAAUGAUUGAUGACCCAGAUGAUCAAACUGACUACCACAUAGCUCACCACAUUGUAAGAGUUCAUCAGAAGCGUGAAGAGGCACUAGCUCCUGCUUUUAGUACUGCGCAACUUAAACGUUACAUUGCAUAUGCAAAAACUUUGAAACCAAAGUUAAACUCAGAGGCAAGGAAACUAUUGGUUGACUCUUAUGUAGCUCUCCGAAGAGGUGAUACAACUCCGGGAACUAGGGUUGCUUAUCGCAUGACAGUUAGGCAGCUAGAGGCGUUGAUUAGGCUGUCUGAGGCCAUUGCUAGGAGCUAUCUGGAAGCUCAGGUACAGCCACGUCAUGUUCGAUUAUCAGCGAAGCUGUUGAAGACAUCUAUAAUCAGUGUUGAGUCCAGUGAGAUUGAUCUCUCUGAGUUUCAAGAAGAUAACCGUGACAAUACUGAAGGUGCUGAUGAAGGAAAUGGGAAUGCGGCUGAGUCUGUUCCUAGGAAUGCAGAAGGUGGAGCAGCUUCUAAGCUUGUUAUAAGUGAAGAAUAUUUUCAGAGGGUCACUCAAGCCCUUGUCAUGCGCCUUAGACAGCAUGAAGAAACUGUAAAAGAUGAUGGGACUGGCCUUGUUGGAUUGAGGCAGAAGGAACUAAUUCAAUGGUACGUGGAUCAGCAGAAUGAGAAACAGAAGUACAGUUCCCAGGAGGAAGUAAAACUUGAAAUUAAGAAACUCAGAGCUAUUAUAGAGAGUCUGGUGCGGAGGGAAGGGCAUCUGAUAGUGGUAGAUGAUGGAAGGGAAGCAGCAGCAGAAGGCAGAAGAGAUGAAAGGAUUUUAGCUGUCGCUCCCAAUUUUGUGGUAGAUUGACAUUGACCUGGAAAUGCACAAAUUAUAAGGAAACUGGCAUUUUUCAUCUGUGGUUCACGGGUGAAUUUAGUUAGUGGGCAAUGUUUAUACAUUUGCUAACACCAACUGGGUGACUGGGGAGGUUUGCAAUCCGCACAGCUGCAAAGCAAAAUGUCGAAGCAGACCAGUAUCAAGUGGCGCUAGCCAUACUAAUUAUCAACUUAUUUAGUGAUUAACAGAAUACCCAAAGAUGCAAAACUUGUAGAUUAGGUGCCCUUCAUGUUUUCUUUUUCAGAGAUGUAUAAUAUAAAAAUUUGGUGCGUGAGUUAUGAGGCAAAUUUUUUUAUUUUUCAUGGUCUCUGUAAUGUUACUCUUGAGGCUGAAUUAAAUGUAUCUUGGAUGGGGUAAACCCUACCUUAGCUGUUGGAUUCA